CGUCGUCGUGAACGAACGUUUUGUCGGUUUUUUCUCGUGUGUUUUGUGUUUUCGUUAUAGGUCUGCUCCUAUUAUCGCUCUUCGUUGUAUUUUGACAGGUGUUUCACGGCGGUACAACUCGCACGUGACACUUUCUCGAUUGUGCCGAUUAGUGAUGCCUAUCCGUUUCGAUAAUGAUGAUUUGUGGUCGGCUGAUUUUUGUGUGUGGAGGCUAGUGUCAGCCUAAUCCCGAAGCCGGUGAGCAAAAUUAAUGUUGGAAAAUUAAUUACAGUGAAUGUGUAUGGUCGUUUUGUGUAAUGUAAUACACGUCAAAAAAGAUUGCGCCUGGGCUUCCUGAACGGCAUCCGUACUGUCCAUGGUGAAAAAGUAACAAUCACGGGAAAAUAUGCUGACCAAAAUGUAAUGAUAAAUGAUUGAUGGAGAUUUUUGCCUGCGUUGUAUGUGCAGAGUGCCCAUUAGAUUCGGUGAGCAACCCGAGUGGUGUCCGGCUUUGUGAAUGCAAAAUAAUUGCUAAAGUCAGCGGUUUAACCUCAUCGCAGUCCGCGCGGCAGUAGUGCUCCUGAGCAAGUCUGUCAGCGGUAUUUUCGAAUGCAGUGCUCCUCUUGAGAAAGUGUUGGUUGCGAUAUGAGGUGGAAAUUACUUGCGAGUGUUUGGCUGUGAAAAGAUCGUGGAAAGAGGUAGCAGAAAUUACUGAGGUUCUGAGAACGAAUAAGUUGCGCUGAAGGCCGGGGAAAGAGUGCUGGAAUUCGCCAAGUCACGAAGGUGGUUCAAGUUCAAAACCAGCAGGGUGCUACCUCAACGGGAAAAUAGUUUGCUAACAUUGCUAAUUAGUUAAUUGGUAGUUACAGAAGCGUGAAAAGUACCCUGAACAAAAUCUGUGCUGAUCACGCAAACAGCGGAUUAUCAGUCGAAAUAAAUCAGUGUGUGACAAAUCGGUACAAGCAGGGGAGCAGUUGAGACGGUAUAGAACGGGCCACGGUCACGAACACGUGUUACUGUCAGCCCGAGCGAAGGCGCAUUCCCGUUGACAGGUCAACCGUAGUGAACUACUUCCAAUUAUGCCGCAUCCGUUGACACCGCAGUCGCCGACACCGACGUUGCUAAGCAGCAGCCGGAGCUGCAGCUUGCAUCUGGUGGAGUAUGACUAUGAUGAACCGAAGCCGGCUAAGAAAAUUCUGGCCAAAGCUAUCUACGACAACAUUGCCGAGAGCACCGAUGAGUUGGCCUUCCGGAAGGGCGACAUUCUGACGGUGAUCGAAACCGACACCAGCGAUCUCAAAGGAUGGUGGCUCUGUCAGCUGAGAGGUCGGCAGGGUAUCUGUCCGGGCAAUCGGCUCAAAAUCAUCCAGCCCCAUGAUUCCGGUUGCUUUACGCUAUCGCCUGCGUCCUCACCGUGUCCGUCGAUAGGACCGGGCACGAAUUUGAGCAGCCCCGUGCCGAGUGACAUCUACGAGAACACAUCGACAACAUCGUCGUUGUCGUACAGUGGCAGCGGCAUUGGCGCUCCCGGUGCACCCGGAAAUGGAACCAAGCAGCAGGGCAAACGAAGAUCGUGGCACAUCAACCCGAACAAGGUUUUGACGCCUCAAAGAUGUGGAGACGUGUAUCUGUAUGAUCUACUGCCAACGCCGACACGUGGUGGCAGCCCUUAUCAGCAGCAUUCCGCAUCAGCCGACGCUUUAGACACAUACGACAUCCCAAAGCCUGCGGUUCCCGUAAACUACGACUCGCCACGAGUCUGGUCACGAACACCACCACAUUAUAGCCAUCACCCACACCAUCUCCAUCAUCAGCCACAUUCCCCGCACACACCGAACCUCCAGAACUAUCCGGGACAUCAUCAUUUCAGCUAUAAAAUGGAAGAAUCCUACGACGUUCCUAGACCUUCCAACAAUCUGCAGUCCCAACAAAACCUUACCCCCAGUAGUUCCAACUCUUCCUUGCUCACAUCGGACAGCCUGAGUCUGUCCUCGUCGAAUCGUUCCUCCCUUGCGAUCAUGCCGGAUUACGAUGUUCCCCGGAGAAACCCGGUUUCUGUCCGGUCUACUCCUCCUCCUCCUCCGCAUCAAGCACAGCAGCAUCCGCAAACGCCCCAUUCACAAACCAGUGGUAUCUUCAGCAGCAGCCAUUCGAUGUCCAUGACAUCGUUCUCCUCCAGCACUAGUACUUACGACGUUCCUCAGACACCGGUACACCAACAGCAGCAGCAGAUUCCUCCGGUUGCACUGCCCUCCAAAGAGCUUCCGCUAGAGCUCUCCUCUGCUUUGGAGACACUUGCCAGGUUACAGAACGAGGCAACUUCCGCUGUUUCAAGAAUUCUUGGCUUCGUCUCACCAAACUGGAGGACCAAAGAGAAACUAGAUCCGAUUCUGAUGGAUCUCAAGUUAGCCGCUGUGCGGCUUCGCACCGCCCUGCACGAUUUGGCCGAGUUUGGCGAUGGUGCACUUGGCAACGCAACCAAAGCCGAAGAUAAAGGCUUGGCUCAAAAGUUAAAACCUCUGGUGAAGGCACUCCGCGAUGCCGACAAGCUCGUACAUGAAGCUUCCCAAAACCUGGACAACCAAGGCUGGACCCUGGUGACGCUGCAGCGACCCGAGGCAACACAAAAACUCCAACAGCAGCUACCUCCGGACAGUCUAGACCAACUGAUUGCUUGUGCCCAAACACUGACCGAAGACGUCCGACAGACGGCUUCUUUCAUCCAGGGUAACGGAACAUUGCUGUUCAAGCGAACCAAUGCAACUUCCACUGCCACCACACCUCAAACACCCACCGGACACAAGGCUCCAACAGCCAACAGUAAUGGAGCCGACUGGCCCGAAGAUUACGACUACGUAAGCCUCGAAUCGAAGGAAGCUUCCGCCAAAACGAAUGCCGAGAUUCAUGACGCAUUACCGCAAGAUUUAAAGAAAAAUUUCGAAAACGUUGUGCGUAAUGCGGAUGCUGCCGCAGCGGCUUGUGGCGAAAAAACCGAAGCACUUGAUCCGAACGAUAAGUCCGUUCUGGUAUACUACGCAUCCCAGACGGUAACGCACAUGGGCUACCUCACGCAGGCGAUCGAUGCCUUCCUGCAAACGGUAGAACACAAUCAGCCGCCUCGUUUCUUCCUAGCCUAUGGCAAGUUUGUGGUGCUGAGCGCACACAAUCUGGUUAACAUCGGGGACAUAGUCCACCGAAACGUAUCACGGGAGAAUGUAAAAACGCGCGUUCUUCAAUGUGCCGAUGCCCUCUCGGAAGCCCUGAAGACGUGUGUCGCAAAAACGAAGAAAGCCGCUCAGAAUUUCCCCAGCGUUACGGCCGUCCAGGAGAUGGUCGACUCCGUCGUGGAUAUUUCCCAUUUGGCUAGGGAUCUUAAGAUUGCAAUGUUGGAAGCAGUGCAACAGUAGAGAGCCGCGAAUGUGCCACGCAGAAUUACACCGAAUUGCUCACUGCGGAUGGACCCAAAGUGCUUUUAAAAACUUAAGAAAGGGCAAGUAACUAGUCACCGUCAUCAACUGUUAAACUGACCAGUUGAGCAUUAAACGAAAUAGAUUGCGCAAAACCUGAAUUGAGAGGGCCAACAAUUUCCAUGCAUGCCAAAAAAUUGAGAAAUAAAACGAAUGAUCUUUGUUUCAUUUUUUUA